AUGGAGCAAAAUUUAUCUGAUGAAAUUUUGGAUAUGGUAACUCAAAAUACUGAAACUUUCAAAACAGCAAAUAUUAAUCAAGAUGAAAUAAAAAAUACUGCUCAAAAUAAAAUGGAAAUUAUUAAUUCAAAUGAAAUGACUACAUUUCAAAAUAGAACAAAUCCAAUGGUAAAAAUCAUUAUGGGGCUAAAUGUAAAUAUUGUCUUAAAGGAAAAUGAUAAUGUGCAUAAUAGUGAUAAUAAAAGUUCAUCAUCAACUUCCAAAAAAUCUAAAACUUUAAAUUCUAAUUUUAAGAUAACUGAGCCUGUAUUAGAUGAGCAAAGUAAAGAAUUUGAUAAAGCUUUAUUUAAAGUUUUUAUUAGUGGAGAAGUUUCAUUUUUUUUUGUUGAUAAUCCAUUUUUUUGUGAUCUACUUAAAAUGCUUGAACCAGGAUAUACUCCUUCUGAACAAUUAACAUUAGCAGAACAUAUACUUGAUAAAGAAGCUACUUGA